CCCGGGACCGCGCGCCGGCCCACAAUCACCACUGCGCCUUUCCCUGCAGCUUUUGCCGCCGCCGCGGGUCCCAAAAGCCUGCACCAGGACUACAGCGAGGGGUACUCCUGGUGCCUGCAGGAGGCCGUGCAGUUCCUGACACUGCAUGCAGCCAGCGACACGCAGAUGAAGCUGCUCUACCAUUUCCAGCGUCCCCCAGCCGCGCCCACCGUGCCCACCAAGGAACCCAAGGCAACUGGCAGCGCGCCCUCGCCCGUGCUCACUCCUGCCAAGGCCACUGCAGUUACAGCGCGCCAGCCCACCUGCAGCCUCUGGAGGCCCUGGUGACCCAGCAGGUCGUGGGGGGGAGGGCCGCCCUGAGGCCCAGAGGGCAGCCUGCCCCUCUGGCCAUUCGUGUGUCCCUCCUGGGGCUUGGACAGGGCCCCUUCUCCAGCAGGCUCUCGCUCCGGGCUGGCCGGCCAGCAGGAGGGUCCUCGAGAGAAGCUGCUGCAGAGUCCUGGCCGCUCAGGACAGUCAGGGCCGCCUCCUCUCAAGUGUCUGACUCCAUGGGGUUGUUCUGUUUGCAUUUCAGCACAUGACUUCUGGGAAGUCCCCGCCGCCCGGGUUCUAUGAUAUUUGUAGGUGUCAGGGGCUCUGUCAGCUGGUGCCUCCACACGUAGAGGACGUUCUUCAGGGCCUGCUGCUGCCGGGCCGUGCCGUGGGCACAUUUGCCUUUUGUGAAGGCGGAACUCAAGGUGUAUCCUCAUAGGAAAGAGUGUCAGCCUGGAUGGGCACAGAAGGACCGUGCAGGGCGGUGGCCGAGGGCCCUUGCGUGCACUUGGUUGUCCUGUUGGGGCUCAUAGUGGGCUUUGUGGGGAGGGGGUGUGGGGGUCUCCACCAUGAUCCUCAAAGGAUCCCUCUAUGUGGAUGGGUGCAUGUGGUCAUGACUUUGUACUCAGAAUUUGAACCCUUGGUCACGUGGGAGCCCACGGGACUGCUCUGCAGACUUCCAAUAAAAUCUGACUAAGCAGC